CAAAUCUGGAUCCCAGGUAACUGCGUGGUGGUGACAUAUGAAUUCGCAUUCAAAAAGAAAAUCGACUCUGAGUUUGUGCUUCGCUGCGCGUUCGAUGCGUGCCUAUGCGGAGACGGCGCUCGCUGCCACGUUCCCGUUGGGAAGAACGGCCAGACUGGUGGUAUGAUUCCACGAGGCCAGUGGUCGUCAAUUCGUGUACAACCCGUUUUAGUAAGUUCGGAUCCAUAAUGAAGCAGUCUCUUAAAACGCUCGUGAAGAGCCACAUGAGUUACUCGGCUGAUCUGGCCAUUCCCAUCUGGCAGCGUGCUGAUAGUGGCACACUGGCAAUUGGCUGCAGGAUCUCUAAAUGUCAAGAAGCUUUCUUUGUACAAGUCGGGCUACGGAGAACUUUGCCUCAAUCGACACUCUUAAAGAAGCAGUUAAUGUUUCCUCUCAUGUAGCGUAACUGUGAACCACCACCUCAAUGGUGCAAUUCCGAUUCAUCAACCCGGCUGCAGGUUGGUAUGGUAUUCCAUGGACUCUCGACUCCAGUCUUGACGACGGAGUCAGUACGAGGUGCAAAAAUGAAUAUCUCCUUUCUUUUUUAGGCGUCAUAUUUAUUGAGAAGUGGGAAUUUUUUGGAGGAGAGUUAAAAGAUGAAAGUACUGUGUCAGUCCGGCGUGGGCGUCCGAAUAACCAAAAGGGGACGCCAGAGAACGCGGCAAGCUGCCACGUAGUUUGCGACAGCUGCGUAUUUCCCUCUGACAAUUGGCAGUUCAAGAAACGAUGUGAAAAAAAAGUGAAGCUGGUUCCCUUGUUAUACUCUGAGGAUGUAAAUGGCUCUUUCCGCCGGCGAAAAGCUCGGUGUCAGUGUUGGAGCAAGUGUCAGAAAAAAGUAACAGAAUCGUAGAAGCACUUGACUUUCAAUGCUUCAGAUACAAGUGGAUUAACUGGGACCGGAUAUUCAUGCAUGCGGCAAGACAGGUGAAUUGGAACAGAGUUGUACUGACGUAUUCGAAAAUAACUGCUCCCUCUUCGAUGUGGCCGAUGUGAAAGCUUAACGCUACGGCAGCACGAAAGGCGAAAGCGCCCUAAGUGCUCCCGUUUCCUUGAUUGAUACUACGUCUCUUUGCUUCCAAGUUUAAUAACUACCUCUUUUGAUAUCUCAGCUUUCCGCAGCUACAGGGGUGUCACGUGUGCCAAUUGCAACUUGUAGAGCUUUACGGUGCUGAUUUUAGAAAGUGUGAAUGAAACAUCCCAUACACUCAGCGCACCCCGCAACUGCUACGAAUGGAAGAAUGAACAUCUCAAGAAUGGAAGAAAGACUGACUAACACGCCACUUGUCGGCAGGGCAUGCAGAGAUGUGAAGAUCACCAGGGUGAGAGUGGCGAUUUCCAGAGAGUGGCACAGAUCGUGGGUGAAACAAACCAGCCUGAUGUACUGUCCACGAGGACGUUGUGGACGCCAGUUAGGCAAGCAUGCUGUCGCAAUCUCAGAAGAUAACAGUCGAUGUCUGCUUCGAACUCUCAUUUCAAAUAAUAAAGACGUUCAAGCACGGAACUCUGCGCAGACGCAUCCCCAUCAAGAAUAACCGAGUACCUUCCGAUGCAUUUAAGCAGACCAAUCACGCUGCCUCGUGUAACGACGGUGGCAGGCUUUUCUCGAACCGCGCUCUCGAAGUACGAGGAAUCGUGUUGUUUGAACGAGUGACACUCUUGCUUCAGAGGGCAGAGAAUGCCACGAAGUCGAUUGAUUGGACAGUGCUGCAGUGGUUAUCAGAACUUGAUUGACAACGAAUCGAAAAUAAAACAUGCUUUUGUUGUGUGACGAGAAUUCGAGUAUUUGACAGGGGACGCGUUGUUGUGCCUCUGAUCGAUCUCCAUUUGGGUUCCCGAUGACGUGACACGGAUACAGGCUUGCUGCCUUCAGUGCAGCUUGCAGCAAUGGAAGGUUUAAUUUUCAGUGGCACAUGAACUGGACGCUCGCCGUCUCAAGUUGUGAAGGGCAGACUCGAAAGCGUGGCCAGUUCAUGCCAUAGCAUGAGUUCAGUUCUACCGUGAAAUCCUCCUCAUUUCCUUGAAAUGCCCUCUGCUCUUUUCUGUUCUCUGUGGGCAACUAAUUGUUGUCAGUCAAAUGCUCUUGCCUAAAAAAAAACCUAGGUUUUCGUAAAGACCCCAUUCAAUAUCUACCCCGUGGAAAUAUCUUGACUGAGGCUGGCAUACCGCUUUGUUUGCCACAGUCUUUCUAACCGCCUUUGUUCAGUGUUUUGUAGCUGCUGCCGAGGAGUUGUAAACUACGGAACUUCAAAAUUGGGAGCGAGUAUGGGCAUGAAGAAACUGUGGUAGAUGAAGGGGUUAGUGUUAUUGUGUGACGGGGGCACAGAUUCACCAGAUAUACGACAGGCACGUCGAGCGGCUACAGCCUUGUGUAUCUCGGAAGGCGUGUUACGUGUUCGAAAUUUUGCCCGACAUCGUCAAUGCUGCAUCGCCGUUGCGCCUCAUGCAGUCGCCAGCUCUCAGUACUACUCUAAAUUCUAGAGCAAUGAGGCAAACAAGUGGUAAUACAUGACGGGUUUGUCAAGUGCGAACGAAUGCACGCAAGAGAAGACAGAACCCAGCACGUGCAUCUCAUCGAAUUUCCCAGCGUCCGCAAGUGGGCACCGUGCCACGCCAUCCGUAGCUACGGAUCCACUGGAAAGCAUACCUUCUUUGAGAAUCCGACCCACGUGCAUUAUCUUACCACAUUUCCCACUCACCCACUGUCAGACACUUAACUGGGAGCGCUGACGCGAUCGCUGGCGGUGAACAUUUUCUCUGGCAGACAGCGGAGUUGACCUGGACUGGAACUCAUGUUUUCCGACAUGUUUGCCAGCGCGACAAGGGCCGCUGCCUUUUCUGGCAGCUCUACAAACUCCAGCGCAGACUUCUCCUGUCAGCCCAAAAGAUGCCAACACGCUGGUUUUGCCGGUGGGGUUUACAAACGAGAGCGCCCUCGACACUCGCAUCGCAAGUUGGUCCGUCUUGCCUAGGUGCCCUUUGCUCACGGAACCCUCGUUUCGUCCUGUCGCGUCUCCCCGUCGCCCGAUCGGCGCCCGAUGAUAGGACUCCCCUCAACCACGAGGUGCUUUGUACGAGAGCCGGUUACAUGCGAACCUUUUCAGAGACACCGCCCGCGCGGGAUAGGCACGUCGCACCCACUUACAGCUGUUGUGAUGGUGCCCUACACACUGUGUACACUUCCCAGGGUGUGGUGAACAGUCUUGGCCAUUUCGAGUAAAAUUUUCAGCGGCAAUUCCACGUUUUUUUUUCCUGGGAAGGGGGCCAAGUUCAUUUUGCCUAAUAUCGUGUGCAUUGCGUGCAUUUCCCCAAGGAAAACUACUGCGUUCCCUCCAAACUCACCAACGUUCUCGCGCCGAUCGCACGUUCCGCUGGGGGUAAUUUGCAAGCAGGGCACACUGUGUGCGGUUGUGUCUGAGGGGGGUGAAUCAUGACGAUUGGUCGUGGACGAGCAGCCGGGGCUGCCCCGGCUACUUGGCAACGGGAGGUUGGAGUGCAUCCGACGAAGGCUUUUUUGUAAUGGAAGUACGUGGGAUCUGGACACUCUGACUCCAUUUAUCCCGCCAAAUCGUUUCCCUCUGGUGCCUCUGGUCCACUUUUUCUUUGCAACUCUGACAGCGACUUGCCGGCCUCGCCGUGGCCGUCCUCAACUUGUGUGGUCUCCCGACACCACUUGCCGGCCACUGGUGGGCGCACUUCCCAUCCAGCUAUUGCUACCAUCGCUUACCACACUUCUGCUCUGUUUCGUGCCCACGCGCUCUAACUCGGAGGUACUUGAAUGUUUACUCUGAAACAGGACGGAACAGCAGCGGGACAAAAUCAAAGGUGCGCAAAGCGAUUUUUACGUUUUCGCUCCGCUUUAACAUCUGACUUUGCUUUGCGGACCUACGCGUCGCUGGACUGGUGUCAGCUUCGAUGUGUUUCUGCCUCUGUCCACCACGUCCAAACCCGCGUGCCCUCAACCAGGCUUUUGCACGACCGUUGCUUCGCAAUCGAGCAAUGCAGUGCAACGGGCAUUCCAGUGUCUUUCCUUUCUGUGGGGCCAGCCAUCCACGUGCGCAGUGCUUUCGUGUUGUUCGUCGCAAUCACAGCGACUUCCUCGUUCUUCGCCCAUGAUUGCGGUGUAAGGACACCGUGGUCACUGCGACCUCCUCUACCACGCCGGACUGCGCGCGCGUCUCGCGCGCGCUACUUCUUGGAACUUGUGCAGCUCGCUCUCAUCCUGUCGCCUUCCAGACCGUGCGAACCGAUAUUGCAAGAGUUUCACGAACGAUACGGACAAAUCAGUUUAAAUUCAUGGCUCUACGCUGCGGUACCAUGCUGGAUACCCUGCGACUGGUGCGUUUGCUUUCCGUAAUGUUUUGCGUCUUGCCAGUACGGUGGCGAACAGCGCCGUAAUUUUUCCGCAACUAUAAAGAACAGCUCUCUCGGUGAAUCUGCGCAAGAGGUACCGCACGGACUUUCCAUCGGAGCUUCAAGUGUCCAAACCCUCUCUCUUGCGAAGAGCCGUCUCUAAUAUUUCAGGGAAAAUCAUUCGAACGCUCAAUUGCCGCACUUAGUAUCGCGGAUUUCUCGUCCCGAGUAAGGGAGAAUAGUACGCUUUGUGCGUCCGGCUUGCGUUUAAUCUGAGACAGCUGGAAUUUUGGAAGAUGGUUCCAGCUUCCUUCUUCGCCUUCUCUCUAUUUCCGUGAAUGGACUCUAGGGAAUGUCUGGUGAAUGACGAACGUUUUCCAAUCUAGACAGUUGGACGACGGGUCCAGUCCCGGGCGUUGUCCUUGAACUUGUCUAAGCUGGCGAGUUCGCUUCUCUGGGCAGUUCUCUCCUGCUUCGCCUCGUUCUUUCUACUCUUUUAGUGUCAUCGCGCGUGCCGCAUCAACCGGAAAAGAGCGUGCGAUGACCCGGAUAUUUGCCGUGACGUCGCUCUGCACGGCCCCUCGAAGGAUUGUUUUGUUCAGAUCCCUCGACCCUUCGACACGCGUCGCAACCGCGUACGCUGGUUUUUUGACUGACGGCUCUUAGACGGCGGUCGCAAGGCAUCCGCGUACCGCAGACGACUUCAUCCGAAAGGACGAGACGGGUUUCCCUCGCCGUGAUCCCGAGACAGGAAACCUUUUUUAUUUAAGCAUCGGUCCUCACCAUGCUUUCCGCAGCGCAACAGCGGCAGCUGCUGCAAUGCGACUGGCGGACGCAAGGCCUCCAAAAGGAGGAAGGGCGGUCCUGCUGGUAUGCACACCACCUCCAGCAGCACCAGUUGAUUCCCUUCGACGCACAGGCGGUCCAGGAAGCGCACCACGGUCAGAACGAGUCUCAAGCCUCUGGGAGCAUGCGUGUGCACGCUCCAGCUUCUAAAAGCGAGGCACCCUCUGGCACAGCUUCGUCUCAGUCGCACUUGUCUGGCCAGUUCGAAGCGAGGCAGGAGGGUUUGCCGGCACGCGCCGCCAGUUACUCCGUUCAAGAAGACCAGACCGAGCACCAGGCCGCUCUUCGCGACCCGCGCCAAGAGUUCCAGACUCUCCAUUUCCUCAACUCCUCGGGCGCCCCCGCCAUGAGUCCGGACGAGUACAUCAUGCGCCAGCAGAUUUUCCAGCAGCAACAGCAGCUUCAUCACCUGCAUGCGCAAGGUUUCCCCCACGCUCUCCACUCCUCUGCUCCGGCACAGCAUGCGCACAUCCCGUCGGUUCUAAGCGGGACCGAAAACCCCCAGGGACUUCUUCACCAGUACGAGGCGUUCCCUCUCACGCGUGGAGGUGGAGACGGAGGCACUCCGUCCCGCAGCGAUAACGAGGGCAGAUCGUCGCACGAGUUGAGCCUCUCAGACACUUCGAGGACGAACGGGUACGGGGUCGGCAGCGAAGACUUUCGGGCAGGGUCGACUGCCCCGCAUGCACCGGAGACCCAAGGCCUCCCCACCCUGGGGAGACCCGCAGACACAGCGGACGCGAGGGGUCCUUCAGACCACGGGUACUCUGACGCAUCGCAUGGAUCGUCUCCUCUGAAAGAGCUAGAAGCCUCUUCUGCCCCAGCGUGGAGCUCUUCUCAAGGCGGCGCGUGCACAUCACAACCGCUGUGUCAGGCGACUGCAACCUCGGCUUCGCGUCACUUUUCAGAAGACCAGCAGGGCUGUGGAGGCUUGUCCGGUGUCCCGAGUCACGAAGCCCCUUCGGGGAGUUCCGAGAGCGGCGCGGUGGGAUCUGCCGCUUCGGACCACGCCUCGCUUUCGUCAUACUCGGGGGAGCCCGGAAGCUUCUCGGGGGGCACUGCCCCGUGCUUUCCCCAAUCCGGAAGCAAUGGGACUGUCGGGCCGAACCUGAUGUUUCAACCCCCGCCAUCGAGCGUGUCGACGGGGUAUGGACAACAGUUUGUCGCUUCGGGUCGGUUUCUCGUGGGAGGAUAUCCCCCCCAGACGCAGGCCUGCGCGGGGGGAGGGUACGGGCCUCCCGGAUUUCUCAACCAGUUCGGUGCCCCCUAUAGUCCUCACCUUAUGCACCCCUACGCGCAUCUGCCACCGCACCAACUGUCUCCGUUCGCCACGUCGCAGCAAAACAAUGGCAGUCAGAUGGAUUUCUCGUUUUCGCUUCCCGGGGCAUCUGGCGCCCCUCCGGACGUCUCGCAAACCUCGCAAAGCUUCCCGAGUCUCGUGUCUGCAUCGUUGCAUCAUCCCGCGCACCUCCUGCCCUUUCAGGGCCCGUCCACGCCGACCAGGAGGCCCCCAGGGGGCGCGGGGCCUUCCUCCCGGCGCGCACAGAAACGACCGAGUUUCCUAGCCACCGGGACGCCUUCAACCACCUGCUCGCCGCCCUUCAACGCAGACUCGCUCCUGAUUUCGGCGUCCACGGGCCUGCCCUCGGAGGCGUCUUCGCUGUACUCUGGCAGUCGACGGUCGUCGGCGCACUCUGCAUUAGGCGUCCGUGACUCGGGCAGCGUCGCCGCGACCCAGGAAAGACUCCUUUUCGACGAAACGGGAACCUUCGCCACCUGCACUCCGGGCUCGAGCCACUCGCGCAGAAGUUCGAAAACUGCGGGAAACGCGCGCGAACUCGCAAGAGGAGGGGCGAACGUUGACGGCUCGGGAAAGGCCUCUUUCACCUGGACAGGAGCUGCGACGCGGGCCUCUCUCGCCGGAGAGACUUUGCCGGGGACGGAAUCAGGGGCGACGGUGUCGGGGAAAAGUGCAGUCGGAAAAGCAGGAGCUGGAAAGGAGACAGCAGUCACGGGUGCAACUGGAAAUCUACGCGGACCCUAUGCCGUCUUCGCCACGCAAAUCGCCGUCCCGCCUCCGCCCGAACUCGAAGAAGCAUGUCAACGCCUCGCAGAGCUCAAGGCACAGCCUUUGAUUCAGCAGUGGUUGGACAGUCGAGACGUGAGCUGGAGUUUUGCAUUCGCCCUCGUUUUCAACGCGAGGCUGGCGGCUGGAAGUGUCAACGUGAACGUCCGCUGGGCCCGGGAGCCCACAGUGGUCGGCGGUGCCUUCCUUGUCGGCAAAGGGAAGACCUACAGCUGGCGGCGUGCGCCGCAGGAGGCGAGUCCACACAUCAUUUUGCAGUGUUUCGAGGCCGCAUGCAAAGAAAGACAAAAAACGUUUGGCCGCUCGCAGCACGUCGAUGACUAUUUGGCAGUUCUCAAGACUGACCUCGCAACGGCUUGGAGACUGGACGCCGAGGGUCUGCAACAAGCGGCAGACUCUCUGGUUGCUUUGCACGGGCUAGACAUUUUCUGUGGCUUGCCGGUGACGUCGAAACAGGUGAAGGAUCUGCUGUUCUUCGACCCGCAUGCAAACUGUUUUUCUCUCGCGCCAGAGAGUCCGCCGCUGCCGCCUCUCCACUUCUUCUUUCCUGGCUCGCAAGACUCGGACCUGGCCUCCGACCUCGUGUUGGGAAUAACGAAGGAAACGGCGGCGCUGGCGGCACCCGACAGCGUCCACUCCUCCGCGCCGCCGUCUCCCUCAGGCGACGUGCAGGGCUUCGGCAUGCGGUGCACAUACACCUUCCGGUGCCCGGCGCCCGACUGCCUCGGUUUGCUUUACACGCUGAAUCGGGUCCGUCUGUUUUGUCUGAACGCGAAACUACGGUCGUCGGCUGCGGGGCCUUCGAGCGAGGCUGUGGACUCGAACGCGGGCUUCGAGUGUGCGCCAGCGACUGCAUGCUCUCGAGUUCCUUUCUCGAGCGGCGGCCGCGCCGCAGCGGCCUUCCCCGCGAGCUUCAGUGGCGCCUUGCCUGCAGGUGUACAUACACCCCACGCAGACUUCGGGGACGUGCCACACGCGCAGUUCUCAGGUUCUUUCUCGCGGUCAGGGUACCCCGAAGGCGUAGCGGCUGGAAGCGGUUUCGGAGGCAAGGGUGAGGAGCCGAGUCUCUCUUCGACCUUCGCCUCAGGGGCUCCCGGCGUCGCUACAUGCGAAGCGGGACUGGAUCCGGCGUCGCAGAAAGACAGAAGCCUGGAGGUCGCCGCCUUCUCACCCGACGCUUCUCUCGCCUUCGCGUCUUCGCCGCGACGCAGAACGAAGGAGAACCCCGAGGGUCCUUCACUGUAUGAGAGGCUUGUGCACGACGGAGGCGAGUCGCUGCCAUGUGCUGAGGCGCAGGAGUUCCAGGGGAGACCUGGCGGGGGGUUCGUCUCCUCACACGCUGUCCGAGACGCAGAACGCGAGUCGCAGGAACAGUCGCCCUCGAGCUGCGGUGUGCAAGCGAAACUCACAGCUGCAUCAGCCCCGACGCGGUCGCUUCUUGACCAAGAAGAGGAGCGAGAGAGCACUCUGGGUGCUGCUCUCAAAGAAGGGAAACGCCUGCGUGUCGGCGGCCGCGAUGAGGCGCGGACCCCCAGCGCGAGAGGCGAGAGGUCUGACGACGAGAAGGACGCUCUGUCCCCGAAGGAGGCGAGUCGUCUCGCGCAAACAAACGCAGGAGACAGAGAGGCUCCAGAGAGGCACCUCGAGAACUCUAGAGAAGUGACAGGCAGCUGUGGGGCCUCUGAGGGACUGGCGCCGGAACUUGCGGAGUUCGGGGACACUGAGGCACCGGGGUUCGAGGGCGAGAGACUCGACGGCAUGGACAACGCCGACUUCUUCCAAGAGGAGACAAAAAGCGAGGAGCUCUCUGUCGGGGCGGCGGCGAGGCCAUCGAGACGCGCUGCUUCUCGAGGGUACGCGAAGGCGAAGAAGAGAAGACGCCCGGCCCUUUCGAGCUCGCGGAGAAAGAUGGUCCACUUCUCGGAGGCAGAUGCAAGUGUCACCGAGGGUGGCCCGGACGCACAGGAGACUCUGGAUGCUCCAGAAGUUGAAUCUCAAGAGGCAGCGGAGAUGCAAGAAGCAUCUGUGCAGGAUGAGGCCGACGCGAGAGAGAAGGACGAUGAGGACUCGCUGUCUUCGGCGGGGACUGCGGGUCUCCCUCGCUACAGCGCCCCGAACUCGACGCUCAGCGGGUCCUCUCUCGCAUUUCUCUCUUCGAGUUUGAAGGAGCCUUGCAGCGAACGAAAGAUGGACUGCAGUGCAGCGUGGAUGCCGGAGGAACAGGCAGACAGGCACUUGGAAGCCUUCUUUUCGGCGUGUGUAGACGCAGACCGGAAGCGCAAUCGCGAAGAGACAGCCGGGGAGCACGCAGGAGGAGAGAACGAGCUGGACGCGGGCGAAGAGGCACCGUUUCUCAAGAGUCAGAGACGGCAGGAGGGAGAGUUUGUGGGAGUGAACGAGGGGGGAUUGGAAACGUGUAUGACCCAUGUCCUCGAAAGAAUCGAAGAAGGAUGCGAAGACACAGAGAGCGACAGGGGGCAGCUCUCCGAAAGACACAGACGAGUGCAUCCGGAAACCAGGCCUUCAGACGGAGGGCCUUUCUUUGAAGCAGGAAUCGAGGAGGAGAGGCUCCAUCUGCGAAGACUGAAAGACGAGGAAAAGGGGAUGGAAGAAAACGCAGGACUACGCUUUCUCGACGACCCCAACACACCCAGCCUGUCGCCAGAGGACCCCGGAUCCAGAGGAGCUUCGCGAGUCAGGGGAGAAGACGAAGAGAAGGGAGAAGACGAGGGAAGGAGGGGCGAAGAACAGAAAGAAGAAGGAAGCGGCAGAAGGCGACGCGACAGUCGAGCGCGAAGAGCACGUCGGUAGCUGCGAAAAGGCGACGUUCCCCACAAGAUGUGGCUGGGCGGACCAGAUUAUGUUUUAAGUGAAUGUUUCGUAUUUUUGCAUGCAGCUGUUGGUUUUUUAAGUCGUGGAAUUGCUUUGAGUUCGUGUGAUAACAGCGUGAUGGUCAGAAAAACUGCGUCGGUAUCUCGCCGGCAGUGGACGGCGCGGGGAGUGGAGCGAAUCCAAGGGAGAGACGCGCGCCGAAAGAGAAGGGGAACGGGCGCAUGCGUCAACGGUUGAUGGGUCGCGGCUCCGAAGGGAUUCAGAGCCUUCGGGGCAGGUUUCAUGUCCCCUUGGGGUGUAUGUAUAGCAGACAGGCGAAGCGAGCAAACAGAAAGAGGCGAGCUGUCAACGGAGCGACAGCGGUGUGAUCCGUCUGUUGGGAAAGCGAAGCCUACGCACUGACAACGCACGACGUCCGACUUUCUUCACAGGAGAUACAGACUUGCGAGAGGCGAUGUUCCAUGCAAACAUGCGCUCAGGCAGUUCUGAGUGAGAAACAGCGACGAGGCACAUGUGGGCCUUCGAAGGCGCAGGCUCACGCGCAUGACACUCAGAGAAGUCGUGUGCAUGUUUUCUGUUGCACGCGUUCUGCAUUUCGCGGGUCGUCGCGCGCUUUUAUGGCUUUUUCGUCGUCGCCGUCCAGUUGAAGCGCCUCUCUGCCUCUGUGUCUCGUGUCCAGAGUUUGGGACAUGGUUCCUUUUUUAGAGUUCUCGUCUCUCGCUUCGUCUCAGGUUCAAGAGACGAGAGAAGCGAAGAGAGCCAAGUGCCGAGACGCCGAGGGGGCCGCCAUCCGAUCCUUCAAGUCCUAACUGGUUGAUGAAGAUGAGCAACGAACGGAGGAAGAGAGAAGGACAGACGGAAUUUACAGCGGAGAGGAUGCCUUGGUCAACAGAGAGAGAGAGAAAAAAAGCAGUCUCUGACUGCUUUGUAGUGACACGGAGAGAGAUCCAGGUUCUCGCGAACGAAGUCGCCGCGAAAAUCAGUCAAGGUUCUCCAAGCGAGUUUCUAUUUGGCAGCGAAGAAGACUAAAGGAAACCGAGGAAAUGCGUGGAUUUGAGCAGACGAAAAGAGUCUGGAAAAGCCGACGCUGCAAGGAAAUGGUGCAUUGUGUGUGAGAAUGAAGAACUCCGAAACACAGGGAAAGGUGGAAGAGAAACGGAAUGCGAGACACUUCGCCUCUUGCGUUCUGCAGGCACCUCCAUGUGCUACAGGCUGCACAAGACGACAGGUGCAGCGCAAUGCAGCAUGUCAGGAGCGAGAGGCACAGCUCAGACUAACGAGAGAGAGAGAGAGCUUAGAAGCGAGAAGAAGCAUGUCUCUUUCUUGCCUCUUUUGUCUCCGAAACGAAGUGCGAAUUUUGAAAAAUGAAGACUUUUAUGCCGGUGAAUCGGGUGGGUCUACCCCUGCGCACGUUGGAGUGCUUUGAAUGCAAGGCACAGCAGGCGAGGAAAAAGUUGGGGUUCCCGGAAGACCCGAGUGAAGAAGUGAACUCCUGUGCAGUGCGCAGAGCUUCUUGGUUUUUCGAAUGCUUUGCAGCUUUGUGUUUUUUUUCGUCCGUUUUCUCCGAUUCGUGUCCGCCUCCAACAGCUCUCCCCCGGCCGAAGUGUGGUGCGAGGGGUCUGAGUGCUAAGAAAAAACCUCGCAACGAAAGGCCUCGAGCAGAGGCGCCAAUCGAGAAAAACCCAGAAAUGCAUGCACCAAUCAAGAAAUCGUGC